GCAGAGCGCAGCGUCCUGACGCACAGCUGGAUACACAGGCACCGUUCACACUUUCACUCCAGGAGCUCACAGAGGGGGAAAGGACUCAUUUGGUGAUUCUACCCUAAAUCUUUUGUUGCGAUCGGAAGGAAUCUGCUGGAAUAUUGAUUGGAAAGAUUUGGAUCUGUUUGGAUCAGAACCUUGCGAUCUGCCUGACACGGCGGCCCCCCUCCUUCUUGCCUUCAGACCCAGUGUGGACGCCCACUGCCCGGCCGGAGCGAGGUCCAGGGUGUGGAUGUGCCGUUAGGCGUGAGGAUGAAGGUCGUAGCGCUGCUGUGUCUGCUGGCGGCCGCCGAGGCCUCCCGGUUCGUCCGGGACUCCCAGGGCGGGCCCGAAUCUUUAGAGCCGCUCCGGAGGAACGCGUCCGCCCUGCUGCCGCCCCCGGCGCCGCCCGCCAGGCCGCGCAGCUCCUUCCCGCCCAUGUGCAUCAAGCAGACGGAGAUCAAGAACGCCUUCAAGUACGUCAACACCGUCAUCUCCUGCCUGAUCUUCGUGGUGGGGAUCAUCGGGAACUCCACGCUGCUCCGGAUCAUUUAUAAGAACAAGUGCAUGAGGAACGGACCCAACGUCCUGAUCGGGAGUCUGGCCCUGGGAGACCUGCUCUACAUCAUCAUCGCCAUCCCCAUCAACGUGUACAAGCUGAUAGCUGAGGACUGGCCGUUCGGCGUGUACGUCUGCAAGCUGAUGCCGUUCAUCCAGAAGGCCUCGGUGGGGAUCACCGUCCUCAGCCUGUGCGCCCUCAGCAUCGACCGCUACCACGCCGUGACGUCCUGGAGCAGGGUGAAGGGGAUGGGGAUCCCCCUGUGGAAGGCCGUGGAGGUGACGCUCAUCUGGCUGAUGGCCGUGGUGCUGGCGGUGCCCGAGGCGCUGGCGUUCGACAUGCUGGAGAUGCCGUACAGAGGCAACAAGCUGCGGGUGUGCCUGCUGCACCCGGAGCAGACGUCCAGCUUCAUGAAGUUCUACCAGGAGGCCAAAGACUGGUGGCUGUUUGGGUUCUACUUCUGCUUCCCGCUGGCCUGCACAGGGAUCUUCUACACCCUAAUGUCCUGUGAGAUGCUCAGUCGGAAAAAAGGAAUGCGCAUCGCCCUGAACGAUCACAUGAAGCAGCGGAGGGAAGUGGCUAAGACGGUGUUCUGCCUGGUGUUGAUCUUCGCCUUCUGCUGGCUGCCUCUUCAUCUCAGCCGCAUUCUGAAAAAGACCGUCUAUGACGAAAACGACCCCAACCGCUGUGAGCUGCUCAGCUUCCUGUUAGUGAUGGAUUACAUCGGCAUCAACAUGGCCUCCCUAAACUCCUGCAUUAACCCCAUCGCCCUCUACUUUGUCAGCCAGAAGUUUAAAAAUUGUUUCCAGUCUUGCUUGUGCUGCUGGUGCUACAGAACGUCUCCCCUGGACGAGCGAGGCUCCGGCGGACGCUGGAAGGGUUCCUGCCACGGGAACGGCCUGGACCGCUCCAGCUCCCGCUCCAGUCAGAAAUACACCAGCUCUUCAUAAACGCACGCACGCACACGCACAUACACACACACACCCGCCAUCGUCGUCACACCGUUCUUCUGCCACGCGCUGAUGUGAUGUGAGUCAGGAGCGCAGAAUGAAGCGGGGGAGGAAUCCCUCCCACAGGGCUCCCCGUCUGAGGAGCGACUGCACAGGACUGGACCCGCUCAAGGCCGUAACACUAAACGCAAAAAGCUAUGGCGAAAGCAAUAACAUCUAAAACUGGUCUUCACCCAGGACUCAAAGGUUCCCCGAGGACUAAUAUGGUAAACACACUCAUAAAGCAUGUUUAUUCAAGUAUCUUGUAAUUUAUGUACAGUAAUAUUUACAUGUAGAUUGCAAACUGAGUAUAUCUAGCCUUGGUGCUUCGCGGAUAAAGAAGCACUAAUGAAUACAUCCUGUUCCAGCUUUACCGGCCCCUCCACCACUGCCAGAUUGUUGAGGGGCCUCUGUGCCUUUGAGCCUUUGCGGGCGUUGUUCUGCCUCUGCUGCUCCUCUAUGCCGGCAUCGGAGGCGGCCGCAGAGGACAAACUCGACGACACGCACCGACGUGUGGCACUCGCGCCUCUUUUCUGCUUCUCUCAUGGGAAGUUGGCCUUCGCUGUACAGACUCCCACAUCCCAUCGCUUCACAUUGCAGCUCCGCUCCGUAUAGUCAGCAGAAAUCCUGCGUGGAGACGUGGAUACGGCACGAACUCCGCUGUUUCGCUGGAGGAAAGCUGUGAGUCAUUCCCCCGAAAGGCCUUGGCCGUGCCAGCUCUCCGCAGUAAAAAUGCCUCCACGUUUACGAGACAGGUUGUUGAUGAUCUGACAAUCAGAUGCGUGUUGUCACAGCUUGGUGCCCGUUCACCAUGCCGACUCCUCAGCCGAGGAUCCCACCGCCGUCACGCGGAGGGGCCGGCGUCGGAAAUUGUUUUUCUGGAAAUCAUCACUGGUCCGAGUCAUGUGCGGGGCAGCUGUUGUCCGAGAACACUGACAAACACCAGAUGAUUCGCAUCAUGCUGCACACACACACACACACACGCACACACACGCACACACACACACACACGCACGCACAGGGGAGUUCAGUAACACUCUGCUAUCUCCACACUCCUGCUGCAAAGUGUGAAUCAUGCCUUUCAUUGUGGAUAAAGCGUAUAUUUUUCUAAGAUAAUGUAGCAGAACACACA